AUGGGGAUGUUUGGUAAAAGUGCGUCAAGCCUAACCCUAACCCUAAAGCUAUGGGUGGUUGUGGUGCUGGUGUCAUGUGCAAAGAAUGGUAGGGUUGUGGGACAGCUGAUAAUAGAGGUGACAAAUACAUUGGACAAUGGAAGUUUGGACUUAACAGUCUCUUGUCCGAAUAUUGGUCCUGCAAGCUACCUUCUGCGCCCUGGUGCUUUCCAUCAGUGGAUUAAUGGCUGUGCUGCUGCUGAAUCAGGAGGCCCACCAUUCCUUUGUUCCUUCAAAUGGAAUGGUGCAUCUCGCAUGUUCAACAUGUAUGAUCCUUCUAGGGAUUCCGAUUGCGAAGAGUGUCAUUGGUAUGUCAAAGAAACUGGACCAUAUAUGAAAACUACAGUGAUGGAUCAUUGA